AGAGGGGGAGAAGGCCGAAGGACUGAGGGCUCUGCAACAAUGGUGGCUGUGCCACCUACCGAAGAGGGCAGCGUGGCAGUAGUGGUACGGGUGCGUCCUCAGACCCCACAGGAGCAGGAAGCGAAUCGCCAAAGCACUGUGCAGGUGGUUGGUGACUGCAUGCUAGUGUUUGACCCAGAAGACUCCAACCUGCCAGGUAUCCCUGUGAGUUUCCAAGCCCAUGACUCUGCCUCAAGAAAGAAAGGCAAGAACCUGAUCUUUGCUUUUGACCGGGUGUUCGGGGAGAGUGCUACCCAAGCGGAGGUGUUUGAGAAUACAACCAAAGAAAUCUUGGAUGGUGUCCUGAAUGGCUACAACUGCUCUGUUUUUGCCUAUGGAGCAACGGGUGCUGGGAAAACCCAUACCAUGCUGGGCUCAGAGAAAGAACCAGGCAUCAUGUACCUCACCAUGCAGGAACUCUACAAGAAAAUUGAAGCAAAGAAAGAGAAGAAGCACUGUGAGGUGCUUAUCUCUUAUCAGGAGGUGUACAAUGAACAGAUCCAUGACCUCUUGGAACCAAAGGGGCCACUAGCCAUCCGGGAAGACCCAGAGAAAGGGGUCAUGGUACAUGGUCUUUCCUUUCAUCAGCCAAAAACCGCAGCACAGCUUCUGGAGGCGGAGGAAAGGAAUCUGAACCGGACACAGCAUCCCCCAGAUAUUAAUGCCACCUCUUCACGGUCCCAUGCAAUCUUUCAGAGUGAAAACCAUUUCCACAGGACACUACAUCUGAACUGUCCUUAUGCUACAGAGCCUCUAGAUAGUUUUGGUCUACAGUCCUCACCAGUCCAGGCCAAUCUGCUCCAAGUUGAACAGGAGCAUUGCUGCUCUGCAGAUGCUGUGGAAGAGGUUGUCGUUGAUGAUGCUCUACUCCUUGCGUGCUCAGCACAAAAUGUCAAGAGGCGACGCCUCCUUCAGCAGAGAGGGAACACAUAUAAUGAGCUGUGUGUCCUGCAGACAGUAGGCCAGAAACAGUUGACAUCAACAGCACAGAAGCUACCAAGGAAGGGGCUGGGAAAGCCUGAGAUGAACUUGAGGGUGGUGGUGGAAAAAGUGCCAAAGGCAAGGUCAAAUCAUUCUGAAGAUGUUCCUGUUUGUGCAACACAGAGGGGAGAGAUCUCCUCCUCCUCCUCCUCCAGCCUGCGUUGCUUUCUCAGGUCUUUGAAGGCUUUGGCCAACCAGAAUUGA